AAUUCCGGGAAAAGGCGGACUGUGGCGUUGUAGUGUAAAGUUGCUGAAUUUGUUCGUGUAAAUUAUUUAGUUCUGGAUGUGAAGAACAUCGACGAAUAUCGGGUUAUUUGGCUACGUCGGUAGGGCAGAAGUUCAAGUACACAUCAGGUAUCAUUAAAAAAAAAAAGAAAAGCCAAACGCAACCAUGACAUCAGACAGCAGAGCCAGUAAAGCCCUACAGGUAAAGCGAGAGUGUGGAGAGAACGUUCCUGUGCUGUCGGACAGCGAGCUCAUGUCUCUGUCGGUGCGCGAGCUGAACUUACACCUGCGUGGUUUGUCCAGAGAGGAGAUCCAGAAACUAAAGCAGAGGCGGCGUACCUUGAAGAAUCGUGGCUACGCAGCCAGCUGCAGGGUUAAGCGUGUGUCCCAGCGCGAGGCCUUGGAGCAGCAGAAGAAGGAGCUGCAGCGCGAGGUGGAGCGGCUCGGAGCAGAGAACGCAGGCAUGCGCAGGGAGCUGGAGGGGCUCGGGGCUCGACUCGCAGCUCUGCAGCGCUUCGCCCGCAGCAUCGAGUCCGCAGGAGGCAGCAUUCUAGCUACAGCACCUCGCCUCAACACCGCCUCCGUCAUCACCAUAGUGAAGAGUCCACAGCAAAGCCAUGGCCCCAGAGAGCAGGAGGCAUCCUAGGGAUGAGUCCUACAGGCAAUAGGCAUACAUACACUCACAAACACGUCGAAGUACAAGGUACACAACAACUGGACCAUCUAAGCUGAAAUGAAUGACUGCCAAACAUUUAGAAACGUUACACAAUAAACCAUUGUGUAAAUGAAGUCAUUGAUGUCGGUGAUGCAGGAUUGCUUUCAGAAUCUUUUGCCACACUUUUACCCUGACGCAUUUUAUUCACAUUUUGUUUAUUGGGUAACUGGACCAUUUAUAUAAUAAGAAUGCAGGGCAUGUCUGCAUUGAUUUUACACCAGAAUAUUUUCUUUUCUGAAUUUGAGAAUUAUUUGACUGUAUUCCACCUGUUUUAUGUUUAGUCUAUUACAUUUGCUUUAACCAGUAUAACUAACAUAUAAAUAGGGUAAUGUUGGUAAGUUUACAUGUAAUGUAUCUUGAAAAUAUUUGAAUUAUACUAUUAAUAUUUAUAUGCCCAAUUUCUUGUUGUCACAUGGGGGGAAAAACUAGUCCUAACUGUAGAGAAUUUUACUGGAUUAAUGAUCAAUUAAGCUUGACUUAAUAUCUGACUACCAACUCGUUCUACGUUGGCAAAUAUUGCUGGAGUAUAUUCAAAGUUAUGAUUAAGAAAUAAUCAUAAUUAAUCAGUUAUCAUUAAUUAGAAUGCCAUGCCAUGCCAUGUCAAUGCAAGCUUCUGGAUACAUUCCCACAUAAGUUUUCAAUACUUAAUCUGCAACAUGGACAUUUCUUUUUAAUCUGUAUUUAAGAUGAAGACCUAAAAGCUAGAAUGCUGUGAUUUUUGCGUCCAAAUACUGUUUAUGUAUAACUAGUUUGGGAAUAUUUUCACGUCCGAUUAUUGUAAUGGUGUGAUUUGUAAUUAGGAUAAGUAUAUUUUAAUGAGCAGUUCAGCUAUGCCAGUGUGUUUAAACUCCUGCUCUUCACUGAAUAUUUCAGUGUCUCCCUUGAUGCUAACACUCUCUUACCUGAUGGGUUGAGUUAGGUAACAGGGAAAUGCUAAAAUGGUCAUGACCGAGCAGGACAUGUUCCUGGAAUAUGUUCCAGUACGUGUGAUGACUGUAUUUGUGCUAAUACAUUAUAGUGGCUUGUUUUGCAGUGGAAUUUUUGUACAUAAAAAUAGAUUAUUUAUAAUGACAAAAUACUUUUGGAAGUCUAGAAUGUAUCAUGAGUGUAUAACGUAUGAAAGCCUAGGGAUGUGUAAAUGUGGAAUAAAAAGUAACAUAAGGAAAAGAAACUAGUGUAAGAGGAUGAGAGAGCAACAAAAAGGUGAUUAUGAAAGUGCUAGAGGGAAAGAGAGAGACAAGUUGUGGCUACAAGCGAUCAUAUUAACUCAUGGUUGUCAAGAAGAUUGCCAACUAUUAGCUUUACUAACUCCAGCAUCGAGGAGUAUACAGUAUGUGUAUUAAUAUUUAAAGGUUAAAACAUUUUUAUUGCAAUGAAAUCUGUCAAAGCUAUUUCAAUUUUAAUAUUGAACACAUGAUUUCAGUAACAACUUGUUCUUAUGUUUUGGUUCCAAACAUGCUGGAUGUUUUGUGAAGUAGCAGAAUACAAGUCUUUUAUUUGUAUUUAUUACAUAUAUUUUUCUAUGGUAAAAUAUUGUCUAUUUUAUGCUAUUAAUUGAAAUAAAUGUGUAUAUUGUACAUAAA